AUAUGUGGGUAGAUUAAGUAAUCAGGCGCCGACUGAAUGUGGGUAGGUUUAUUUCUGUCUCUUUUAAUAAAUCCUAUACCGAACGGACGUGUUUCCUUGGUCUCAUCAGCUCAGAUCCAUCUCCUGGCCUGAAGGCAUAUUUAUCAGUGGCGACGGGACUGUGAUCUACGUGUGGAAUAUUUUAGUGUUGUGGUUUAGUACAUUGCAGUGAAUAAAAACAGUAAUAAUGGCAGUCGGAAAGAUAGCCCCUUUCGAUAUGGACAAAGAUUGUUGGGACUUAUACGUGGAGCGUUUGGAACAAUAUUUUAUAGCGAAUACAGUGAGUGAAUCGGUUAAAGUGGCUACCUUAAUUACGGUGGUAGGCAGGGACGCGUAUGAACUUAUGGUUAAUUUGUGUACGCCGGCCCGCCCGGCAACAAAGACUUUUGAUCAGUUGAAGGCCAUCAUGAAAUCGCACUUGCAACCUAAACCGAGUGUAUUAGCAGAAAGGUUCAAAUUCCGACAACGACGCCAAGCAAGUGAUGAGAGCAUAGCGGAGUAUGUCGCGGCGUUGAAGAAAAUGUCAAUGACUUGCAACUUUGGCGCGGACUCAUUGCAAGACAAUUUAAGGGACCAAUUUGUUUGCGGUUUAUCGAAGGAUGUUAUACGACAGCGACUAUUCGCGGAGUCGCGCGCGACGUUCGAGAAAGCAUUCAAAUUAGCCGUAACGAUAGAUUCGGCCGAGACGGAAUCGGCGGUUAUGGAAAAGCGAGUAGACAACCAUGGAGGAAGUACGGGUGUCUACCAGGUGGCCUCGAGCUGGGGGCGAGGGAGCUACGGUAACGGUGAAGCCGCCGGGGGACGGAAGGUCACGGGGGCUACGCGAGGCGGGGCAGGCACCGGGCGCGGCGCGAGCGGCCGCGGCGGACGACGCGGGCCGGGCGCCACGGGCGCCGGCCGUGGGCGCGGCGCGCACGGCAGCGCUGCUGGCUGCAAGACGUGCGGCGGCAGUCAUGACUCCAACACGUGCAAAUUUAAGGCGUACGUGUGUCGGGUGUGCAACCGAGAUGGACAUCUGAAGAGGAUGUGUCCGAGACUACGCGAGGAACAGUUGUUCGCGUUGUAUGACGGAGGCGCGGACGGGCAGGUGGCGUAUGACGACAGCGAGGGAAGUGACGAGGUAGUUACCUAUAACUAUUCUAUUGCUUUUAAGGACUUUAGUGCGUAUCCGCCAUAUGUAUUAUCAAUGAAGGUUAACAAAAGAAACAUAGAUAUGGAAAUUGAUACAGGUAUCUGUAUUUCUUGCAUUAGUUAUGAUUGUUACAUAAGAACUUUAGGGAAUUUUAAAUUACAGCCGAGUGAUGUCUCAAUGCGAUAUUAUACCGGGGAAAGGGUAAUACCCGUAGGUAAAUUAUGCUUGAAUGUACAAUAUGGUCAAGUAAACAAAGAAUUAGAUCUGUAUGUAAUUAAAAGGGGCAUGACGAGUUUGUUAGGUCGACAAUGGAUUCAUGAACUCGGGGUAACUUUGCCCAUUUCAGUGCCAUGUAACAAAUUGGACAGGGAAAAUAUUGGUCAAAAAUUUGAUAAAAAUGUGUUCAGUUCCAGGUUUAAAGAAGUUUUUGAAGACGGUUUGGGGCGGUUCACGGGCGGCAAGGUCGGGUUCGCGCUGCGCGAGGGGGCGCGUCCGGUGUUCCUGCGCGCGCGCCCGCUGCCGUACGCGCUGCGCGAGCCGGUGGAGCGCGCGCUCGAUCAGCUGGUGCGCGACGGCAUCAUCACGCCCGUGCCCACCUCCGACUGGGCCACUGUAGUCGUACCGGUAAUGAAAAAAGAUGGGACUAUUCGUUUGUGUGGGGAUUUCAAAUUGACACUAAAUAAAUGUUUACAAGUGGAUCAUUUUCCAGUACCUCGAGUAGAUGAUUUGUUGACAAAAUUGCAUAAGGGGGAUACAUUUUCGAAAAUUGACUUAUCGCAAGCGUACGCGCAAUUCGAAUUAUAGACGACUCAAAACAAUACACCGUAAUUAAUACCCACAAAGGGUUGUUUAUGUAUAAUCGUUUAAUUUAUGGCUGGCUAGAGCCCCGGUAUAUUUCAAAGGAAGCUAGAGCAGUUGUUUGCGGACUUGCCUACGGUAGGCGUUUUCUUGGAUGACAUUAUUAUAACUGGUUCCGACGAUCGGGCUCAUUUAGAAACCCUCACAGAGGUAUUUGAGAGGUUACGGAAAUA